CCUCUCUCUUCCUCCUUCUCUCAUCUCUCUUCUGAAAUCCACUGAAUCUGCCAAUUACUGAGAGUCGAGAAACCGAAGCCGAAGCCGCUGUCGCCGUCUCUCCUUUCUCUCUCCAUGGGCCUCCCCCUCUCAGCCCCUCUCUUCGACCGUCGAGGCGUCGACGGCCCUCGCUCUCCUCGACUGUAACUCAACAAACAGCCUCGAACUCUUGGUUGGUCUCUUCCUUAAGCAGCAAAGCAGAAAACUUUCUGGGUUCAAUUUCUGAUUCUUCAAAGUCCAUGUCUUGGAUGGUAUUAAUCCACAUAGCUGUGAUGCUCAUUGAUGAAAUUGGUCAAGCUAUCAAGUCAUCUGGUGACAACAAAUUGAUCAUAUUCUUGGCCCCAACUGUUCAUCUUGUUCGUCAGCAAUUUGAGGUUAUUAAAGAACACACUACUUUUAAAGAGGAGUAUUAUGGAGCCAAGGGGGUUGUUGCGUGGGAUAAGGAGCAUUGGGAAAAGGAAUUUAAAACCCGUGAUGAAUUUAUCACAGUUCUAGUAUGAAGCCAAAAGUUUUUGGAAUGACGGCUUCACUGUACUUCGAAAAGGUGUCUCAUCCACAAUGGACUGUGAAGAUCAAAUAUCUGAACUUGAAAGCAUUUGAUUCCCAGCAAGUAGAAAACAAAAAGGAUGCACCGCCUAACCGUAAAGAGAGAUUCAAGAUAACCCACCUAAAGAAGGGAUCUAAAACAGAGUACAUUGAUGAAGCAUCAACACAAGCUGUGCUUAUCUUUGAACAAAAAGAAGCAGAGAAAGCUAACCAAAACAUAGAAAUAACCUCUAAGGUUGUAGAAGAUAUAUAUGCUGACGUGUUUGGUGUUGAGAGGAGGAACCGAGUUAGAGGAAUGGGAACGGGAUAUAAAUGGGCUGAUGUUCCUUUUAUCCAUACAGAAAACAAAGGGAUUUCAAAAGAGGUGGAGGAACUAAGGGCUGCUGUGGAGGAACAAAAAAGUGUGUCUGCAAGAGCAUUGAUGGAGGUUGAAAGAUUGAGAAUUGAAUCUGCAAGGGAAAGGAAUGAAGUUGCUGAGAGAGAAAAACAACGUGAGGCAGAGUUGGAUAAGAUAAGAGCUGAUCAACUACAGAUGAUGGAGAACAUGAAAAAAAUGCAAGACUUGAUGGAAAUGCCAAGGACAUGAUUUGCUCAGCCAUGUUUGCUGCUCUUUAACUUCAUCAUGAUGUUUGUUGCUCUUAACUUAAUCAUGUUUUUGUUGUUUUGAUCCUGGUUUAAUGACAUCUAGAUUCUGUAUGUUUUUGUCUAAAAAUUUCUAGGAGUUAUUAAUCUAGUGCAGCAGUUACCAUUGUAUAUAUUGAAGAAUAUAGUUAAGCUUUUGAAGAUGGGUUGUAUCUUUAAACUUUCUGUUGUAUAAUUUUAUUUAAUAGAAUUUUUUUUUUAAUUUUUUUGGAAAGAAACCCACGGUUAUAUCAUCUGUGUGUAGGAUGCUGUCUGUGUGAAACAUUG